UGUAUAUAACAGGCGAUGUUAGCGAUCACACAACACACUCGACAGAGCCUCAAUACUUGGUGGUGUACACUUAUCCGCCGUAUAGUAUAGUGUUAUGAAAUAGCAACAACUGUCUACAAUACAAUUAUCUCCUGCCAUUGGAUUACGAAUAUCAUUUGUAAAUAUAUAUACUGAAGAAACAUAGUUGGACUUUCAGUUGGCCUAAAGCAAGACUCACACGAUGAAAAUGUUGCUGUCUGUGCCUAGGACCGGACAAACCACGUGUGGAUGUGGAUCUCUGGUUAACGUGAAUGUCAACAAGAAAGAGGGACUUGAAGUAAAAUCAGGUCAGUUAUACAUGCUCCAAGAGCAAAAUAACAAAAUGAGAAAACUGCCAGUGUUUGUACGUGUCUACAGAAACAGAUUUGAGCAUUAUGCAGUUAUCUACAGAAACCAAACAUUUACCAACAAUUCCAUCUAUAUCAGCUUAAAGAACUGUGCAGUGCGCCGAUGUGACACGAAAGACAACGGUAUUGUUGUUAUUCCUGAUAACAUGGAGGGAACAAAAAUGACAUUUCAGACCAAAGAAUCUCAAGAAAUGGAAGACUGGAUUUCAGCAUUCCAUUCCAUCAGAACACAUCAUCCACGAAAAUCCACCGUUCACCAAAUUAUGUCUCCUGUCAUUCCACGGACGCCUUUAAUGCCAUGUCUACAGGAGGAAGAGGAGUGACAAAUCUAUUGAACUGUUUUAUAAGAUGGACAUAUGUCUCAAUCGGUGCAGAUUAUUGUAAUGUGUUGUGCAGAAAUGACAAUUAAGCCAAUUCCCAGGACAAAAUAGGAAUAGAUUAGCCAGCAUUUGAUUGACAAAUUAUAAUGACGAUGUCACCAAAAGGAGUAAAACUCUGCUAAAUUUUUAAAGUUGACAUUUUGUGUAAAGAAAAUAAGGAUUCAACAGUGAAAAAGAAAACUGGAAAAUGCAUAUCCUGUUUUGAAAUUUUGAUAUUUUAAAUCCGGUUUAAGAACGUAGGCAUUUCUUGUUCUGCUUUGUUGUGUUAAUGAAAUCGGACAUUUAAAUGUUGAAGAUUAUUUAUUUUAAUUUUAAGACAUUCCAGAUGUUUUACAAAAGUGAAAGACGUUAAACAUAAUUGAGCAGGAAAGCUGUGAUGGAUAUUUAUUACCGCUACAUGUGAUAGAUGUUAUCAGUUAUUGUCGUGUUGUUGUAAGAUAUGUAUGUUUACUAAAACAGAGUGAGAAUGAAAGGUAAACGAUUGUGUGGCUGUGUAUCGCGUGCUACUGAAAGAAUGUUUGCUGGUUGUAAUUAAAUUUAAGUCGGUGAUACUAUUCCGGUAGCAUUGAAUGAUAUCAUCAUUUGGUUACUAUUGUUAAUAAAUUUAAAACACUGAAAAGAA